AUGCCUAACGCGAUUGUUACAGGAGCCACUGGCAUUCUCGGCCGCGAGAUUGUCUUUGAACUGGCCAAAAAUACCAAGACAUGUCCGAUAGUAUAUGCUCUAUCCCGUAGCAAGAAAGAAAACUACCCACCAAAUGACAUGGCCAAGGAGAUCGAACACAUUGAUGCCGAUUACGUCUUCUUCACAGCUUACCUCGCUCAAGACGACGAAGACGACGCAACAAAAGUCAACGGCGACAUGCUUCAAAACUUCAUCACUGCUCUCAAGCUCACCGGCACGGCAAAGAAGAUCAAACGCUUCCUCCUAACAACUGGUUGCAAACAAUACGGUGUCCACUUUGGCGCUCCCAAGAACCCAAUGUGCGAAUCUGAUCACUGGCUCAAGAAUCCUGACUAUCCCUCAAACUUCUACUACCGCCAACAAGAAAUCCUCAAAAAGGAAGCAGAAGAAAAUCACUGGGAAUGGACAGUCACCUACCCCAACGAUGUCAUCGGCGUAGCAAAAGGCAACUUCAUGAAUCUAGUAUCGGCAAUAGGCAUCUAUGCUUCCAUUUGCAAGGAACUGAAUCAACCGCUUAUCUGGCCAGGCUCCCCUUAUUUCUACACAAGAUUCGACACUUUUGCAUCACGAGCAGCAAGCAACGCAUUCAAUGUCGUCAACGGCGACGUCGAAUCCUGGCAAAACCUCUGGCCCAGAUUAGCUGCCAAGUUCAAUUGCCGUAUCCCUGACAAAAUGUUUGAUGACAAAGAUUUUGAACCCGACUUUGGCGAGAAUAAAUUAGUCAUGCCUUUGCAUCCCACCCCUCCAAUCUCCGAGUCUGCUGCCGAGUCCGGUCUCGUUGACUCCGCUUAUACUCAGCAAUCUCUUGUGCACGGCAAAAUCGACCUUUCCAGAUGGGCAAAGAAGUCAGAAGUCAAGGAAGCCUGGCAGCGACUCGCAACUCGUGAAAGAUUGGACACAUCAGCAUUUGACAAUGCAACAUGA